UAGUUGUCAUUUAUCAUCUGUGGUAAUCAAAAUAUGGAAGACGGGAAAUCAAACAUUUUUGCCCUAAUUCUGUGCUUUUAACUAAUUUCUGUUUAAUUGAUGCAGUUUCUAAGUUAAUUAUUAAUUUUUAAAACAACCGUGAAUAAAGAAGACUAUAGUGAUUGUGUGAUACACCUAAGUUAUGUGAAAAAACUUCAACCAAAUUAAUUUCGGAAGCAGCUACCAUGGACGACGAUAUAGACAUUGAGGAGCACGAUGUGCUGGACAACCCUCGUAUCAAGAGUAUGUUCCCGGACCUCUCCCGGGUGAAGAUCGAGAUACCUGAGGAAGAAGAUAUUGACGAAACAUAUAACCAUGAAGAAUUAGAACUCAAAACUGAAGAACCUCAAGAAAUGCUAUACCAAAACGAAUACAGUUUUGAGACGAUGCCAGAAGAUGUUGGAGAAACCGGAGAAAAUGAAGAAUAUGAAGAAGAUAAUGAAUAUUUUUAUAAUAACCAGAUUAUAUUAGGGUCCAAACCGCCAAUAGACCCAGAGGUCCUAUACCAAGAAGCCUUAGAAUCUAACCCAAUAGUUUAUCUAGAAAAUUGGGAAGUAAGACUGAAAACCAGCCCGUGCUACUGCGAAACGUGUGCUAUCCUGUUCCCUACGGUCAACGCUUUGGAUGCUCACAAAAUGAUAAGCCACUCCUAUCUGGUAGCUCUUGACAGCCCGAUGAAAAACACAGCCAGAAAGAGUACGGUGCCUUCUAAAUAUUGCAACCACUGUUCUAAUACUUUUCCCGAUGAUACAUCUCUGAUAAAACAUUUAUAUGAAUUACUACCUUUGAAUAACUUCCCAAAAAACAAAGAAGAUAAAGCUGAGCCGGAUGUGAUAAGAAAAGUACCCUCGACUAGUUCUGUACCAUGGCCAAAAAAGGUCAAAGGCAUACCUCAGGCGUUCCCAAAAAUUGUGCCGAAGAAAAUCAAGGUUGAAAAAGAAGUCAAAAUUGAGCCGGAAGUCAAAACAGAAGUCGAAACAAAGUCUAAAUAUGGCAAUAGGGAUGGCAAAUUUUUUGCUGCUUCCUCCUUAGUGCCGCAAAGUACGCUUUUUCAGUGUAAAAUAUGUCAAGUUGCGUUUGUUUCCUGUUUUUCUGCGCUACAACACUCUAGGUCCUGCGAAAAGUCAGCGCCAUUCGAAAAGUGCGGCGUUUGCAAGCGUAAAAUACGCCCUAAAGAUGCAAAGUUACAUAAGUUACAACAUAAUUACAAUGAUAAGUUAAAAAUUUACACUGUCACAAAAAAUACGUAUUAUCAAAUUUUGUGUAAGUGCCCUAAAUGCUUGGCCUGUUUUGAUGAGCUAGGGUUUUGGGCUCAUUAUCCAAAAUGUAAGAGAGAGAAGAAAAUUACCUACUGUUCAGAUUGCGACUUAAAUAUUGCCACAAUAAGAUACCAAAACCACUGCUUAAAACAUACAGUGAAAAAGUUCACGAAAAAAGAUUUUAUUCUCAUAGAAUUUCAUGAUUUAAAAGCUAAAAAGUCUUCCGAUGUUGUGUCGACAAAAACUCAAGAAGAGGUCAAAAGUUUAAUAAAAAAGACUCGGGAAGCCAAAAAUGAUGGUGAAAAAGCCGAGAAUGGGAUAACCCUAUAUUAUUGCGAGUUCUGCGGCUGUUGCCAAUGUAAGCUAACUUAUAAAGGGCAUGAGAACGGUCUGUGCAAAGAAAAGAUAGCUUCACAAAAAAAAUACUGCGACAAAUGUGGUUUAAGUUUCAGCACUAAGAGUUACGUCUCACAUUUAAAUUUACAUGAAAAAUAUUCCUUCAAGCUACAAGACAUUAAAAUCAUCAGUUUGACCACGGGCAAAGAAAUCGACCCACCGAUGCCAGAAUUGUACAAAUGUAAGGAUUGUACCAAACAUUUUUUGUACCGCCAACAGAAACGGUCACACAAAUGUAAGACAGAAAAAUUCACAACGUGCAAGAUUUGUGCUAAGAAAUUCAAUCUACAAGCAUAUAAGAUACACAAGCUAUUUCAUAAGGCUGAUAAAUUGAUCCCGGAGUUGCUAAAAAAAUACAACUCGAUUCAAAGUACUUGGAAUAUAAUGUAUAUGUGUGCAACGUGUAAUUUGGUCACUAUGACAUAUGAUUCUGCGAUAACCCAUGCUCAAGGACACUUGAAUUAUCUAAUAAGUGAUUUUCCGAUGACUUGUAAAGUCUGCGAGCUGAAAAUAGCUGAGAAAGAGUUUGGAUUGCACGAGAAAUUGCACAGCAAUAAUGAGAGCAUCAAUAGAGAGUCGUUCAAGAUAUUAAACUACAGUUAUGAAAAUCUGUUUAAGACGGAUUGGCUGACCAUGUUCGAUGAGUUGCCGGAGCAAGAUAGGCAGCAGAUUCUGUCGCAGAGUAUAUAUAGAUACACGCGCAGCAUAAAAAUGCAAAUUGAAGUGAACGCCUCGACGGACGACUACAAAUAUUUCUGUAUGAACUGCAACAGCUUCGUCAACGGUCCCGAGAUCAGCGAGCACAUACGAACAGAAUGUACCAAAUCACUCAACUACGUUUGUACCACAUGCGGGGAAAUUUUCAAAAAUUUUAAGCAAUUUUUGUCGCAUGAUAUACAUGAUGAAGGUAUCAAAAAUUCUUCUAUAGUGACUUUUAAUAACGAGUGCGAUAAAGAUUUUAAUUCUCACUUAAACAUGAUAGAAUCAAAAACUAAGCCUACGCCUAAAAAAGUUUCAAAUAAAGUCAAAAAUUUACCACUUUCCAAAUUGAGUAAGAUUUCAUCCGACAAUUCUGCAAAUAAUAAGAAAAUCUAUAAGAUUUACAAAUGUUUAAAAUGUUCUUGCUGUGUUAACUUACUGAAGUCGGUUGAAAGGCAUAGCUGUGUUAUAUCAAAAGCAGACCGUUGGUUCUGUCAGAUAUGCGGACAAUAUUUCUUUGCUAGAGGCAGACAAAUGCAUAUGGCGGCUCAUAAGAAAAAACCUCAAAUUACAAAAGAUAAAAUAGCUGUUAUAACCUUUAAUGGUAAAGAAAAAAUACUCCCAGAAAAAAGAUUAGUUGCCAAAAUACUCCCGGAAAAAAGAUUGGUUGCCAAAAUACUCCCAGAAAAAAGAUUAGUUGCCAAAAUACUCCCAGAAAAAAGAUUAGAAGCCAAAAUACUCCCAGAAAAAAGAUUAGAAGCCAAAAUACUCCCAGAAAAAAGUUUAGUAGCCAAAAUUUUUCAAUGCAAAUGUGGUUUACAUUUUACUUCUCAAAAAACGAUUGAAACACACGUUAUGGGGUGUUCUCCUAAUCUCAUAGUGUCCAAAGAAAGUUGCAGUAAAUGUAAAUUAUUGUUCCCCACGGAUGUCUUGGUCACCCAUCUUGUAAAUCACCACAAUAAGCCAAUGAAAUUCGAAAUCGAAAAGUAUGAUAAAGCCAUUUUUUGGAAGUGUAGUAGCUGCGAAAUACAUUUUUUGUCCCGAAAUAGUAUUGCCGAACAUUAUGAAGACUGUGACCCUCAAUAUGCUAUACAAUGUACGUCGUGCAAGCUUAAUUUUACGGGAAAAGGUGUAGUCAAACAUUUGUGCAGUAAUAAAGACAUUACGUACGUGAAUAAAGUUACUAUUUUCGAGAAAGACGCGUCUGCUAUAACCGUUUUCAAAUGUGCAGACUGCGAUAUCUGUUAUUUGCGACGUAACUCGUUCAACUACCACUAUUUUGAUGUUCAACAUAGGUUAUAUAAACCACCAUCAGUUUGCACACAUUGUGGUCUAAAAUUCACCCACUGUUCGCUACAAAAACAUUUGAAACUCCAUAAGAUAGCGAACAGAAAAUUCCAGAUUAAAGUUCUAAAUCCUCUAACCGGUGAUUCUAAUAUAGUCACCGGUAUUAACGGAUCGAAUGAUGAUGACGAUAAAAGGUCUACUAGAAAACGUAAAUUAGAACUUGAUAACAGUGCCUUAAUAAAAAACGAGAAAUUUAGUUCUAGAGAGACUAGAACUCCUGAAAGAAAAAGUCUGAGACUCCGACUUAAUGAUACGCCAUCGACUUCCAAAGAUGAGCUAUCGACUUCCAAAGAUACGCCAUCGACUUCCAAAGAUACGCCGUCGACUUCCAAAGACGUGUCUAUCAGUGACAGUGACGAAGAGUCGACAAGUAUAUCGAAAAAGUUGAAGUCCCGAAUUCUCGUCCAAGGUUAUAGCAACCGUUUGUACAAAUGUGUUAUUUGUAACCAACAUUAUAUGAAAGAGGCGUCUUUCGAUUAUCACGCGAAAAACCAUAGAUUACAAGAAUUGAGUGAAAAUCACGAGUGUGACAUAUGUCAUCUUGAAUUUUCAAGAUAUACUUUACCCCGUCACAAAUAUGUACAUCAUGACUGUAUGAAAGUUAAACGCGAAGAUUUUAUCAUAUUUACCGAAACUGCUAAUAGUAAAGAACAAGAAAUUUUAGAUAGAAUCGAAAGUCUAAGAAAGGCGGAAAGGCUAAAAUCUGAAAAUGUAAAACAGAGUAAAAAUGAAAAUCAUGAUGAUACGUUAAAUGUCAGUGAUGAUAUUUGUCAAACUGGAAAUAUCAAUGAUAUUUGUCAAACUGAUAUCGACAAAAUUGUAUACUAUAAAUGUUUUGACUGCAAUGUAUGUUUUCUGAAUCAUGAUAUGUGCUUACAACAUACCAAAAACCACGAAUCUAUUGACUCAUUAAUGUAUAUAGAAUGCAAAAUUUGUAACUUCCAAUUUUUAAUAGAUUCGUUAAAAGAACAUAUGGUUUUACACCAUGCAAAUGAUUUUAAGAUUGAAAAUUUGACUGUACAUGAAUUCAAGGCUGCGGGUUUGGGUCUAGACCCAAAAAUAGAUAUUUAUCAAGCAGUCGACAAAGUACAGUCUAGACUGGUCAGUACAACUACAGAUGUUGGUAUAAUUUGAAACUAAAAAUGCCUAAAAUCCUGUUUCUUAUUAAAAAAUACGGUUCGUCUUGCUUGCAGACAGUUUUAACCGACUUCCAAAACACGAGGUUCUCAGUCUAUUUGUAUUUUCAAGGUUAAAAAAAUAGGAUGCUAUUUCUAAUAUUCGCUGUCCGUCUGUCACCAGGCUGUAUCUCAUGAACCGUGAUAGCUAGACAGUUGAAGUUUUCACAGAUGAUGUAUUUCUGUUGCCGCUAUAACAACAAAUACUGAUAACUAGAAUCAAAUAAACAAUUUCAAAGACACGACUAGCACUUUUCUUACGGUUUCACCCGCGUCUUGCGGGAACUACUGCCCGUACCGGGAUAAAAUAUAGCCUAUGUUACUCGGGAACAGUGUAGCUUUCCAACAGUGAAAGAUUUUUUCAAAUGGUUUCAGUAGUUUCGGAGCCUUUAGGGUGCAAACAAAAUAAUGGAUCCUCUUUAUUUUAUUACUAGCUUCCGAGUUCAGUUAUAUCGCGUUUCCAAGAGAAUUCUUCAAAAGUCCGGGAUAAAAACUAUCAUAUGUUCAUUCUCAAGGUCAACUCUAUCUCUGUACCAAAUUUUAUUAAAAUCACUUCAGUGGUUUAGACGUGAAAGCGUAACAGACAGAGUUACUUUCGCAUUUAUAAUAUACGUGAAAAGUUACUGUCGGUAAGCAAAAUGAAUAGUUUUUUAUUUAUAAGAAGCAUAAUUUGGGCGUUUCGGAUUUGUAAAAUGAUUAUUUCUGUAUAUAUUUUCUUUUUUCAGACCACUAACUUUAAUUUUCGAAGUCAGAUUUAUCUCUAAGAAAUGACUUUCAUAUAAUAGGUAAUUAUGUUAGUAAGAAAAACUACAUUCAAAUAUGGACGAGCAAUUUUCGUGAUUAGCCUUGAUAAAAAGGCUAAUAAAAUUUUUACCCGACUGCCGAAGGAAGGAAUAGUAAUUGAGUAUUCAAUGCAUUUAUAUAAUCAUUAUUAUGUUUACUUAAAUUCAUGCAGUUUCGCGGACAUGUUAGUAAUGUUCGCGCGCAAUGUGUUACUCUUUGCUAGAGCGAGUACACCGCGAGAUACAUGCGGUGUGACAAACAGUGUCGCACUAAGGGGGAAUCUCUCUUAUAUGUAUAACUUAUAACCUUACUCGAUUUAUCAAAUUAAUGUACCGAUCCAAAGUUGGCUAAUAAUAAUCAUGUCCCGAGCCUUUUCCCAACUAUGUUGGGGUCGGCUUCCAGUCUAACCGCUUUGCAGCUGAGUACCAGUGCUUUACAAGGAGCGACUGCCUAUCUGACCUCUUCAACCCAGCUACCCGGGCAACCCAAUACCCCUUGGUUAGACUGGUGUCAGACUGGUAAAGCUAUUUAAAUAAAAAUAAUUAUUUCUAAAGUACCUAUGUAUUGUUUUAAUUUAAGUGUUUUUUUUUUUGUUAAUAUUUUGAUUGAAAAGUCCAAAAUUGCAGUUUUUUUUAGCCCACCGACUUUUUUUCAUAUCUUUAAAAAUAAUAAUUGCCAUAUUAAUAAAUACUCUCUCACUUACAUGUUGCUACACACAAAAAAUGCUAAAAUUAAUCUUCCUAUGUUAUUUUGAACAUUGUUUUCACACUAGCGGAUUUUCCGCUCGUUUUUUUACGGAAAAAAUGAUAAUAAGAACGUAAAAAUGACUAUUUAAAAUCGAGCGAUAAAAUCCACCAGUGUGAGAGUUUUACUGAACUUUUGUUAAAACUUACUCUUUGAGUUGCACCAUUUAACUAUAACGAUAACCGAACCAUUUUUCAGUUGUCAAAUUGCCGAUUUUACCAAUUGGCGGCAACUAUAGUGGCUGGUUAUCGUUAUAAUUAAAUGGCUAAUUUAACCUCCCCACUCAGAGACAUUUAAUGGUUACUUAAGCCAUUCCUUAGUGAGGAUUUGUAUGACAUUCCGUCACUAAGGAGUGACUUAAGUAAUCAUUAAAUGUCUCUGAGUGGAGAGGUAAAACUUAUUCUUAGAAAAACCUCACUGCAAACUAAACAGUCGGCCGACAGUUGCCCGGAGGGCAACUCUCCAGUUGGCAAUUUUUUAAAGAAAAUCUUGAUUCCAAUCAACGUUUUCACCGGUCGGUCUGAUACCGGCAACUUCGCAUCUAAAUCCGCCGUGAGUUACUACACUAGCGCUACUCUUGCGAGCGUGUUUGCGAGUUGAACUAAAUUAAACUCGAGAUUUUGACACAUAAAGUAUGAGAUGACUUUUAGAACGUUUUGAACCGAAUGUGAAGUGAGAGUGAAUAGCGAAGUGAAAUGCGAGUUGUUGUCUGAAUUUUAUAGAAUCGACGUACUGAUCUCUGUAAUGUGCGUACUACCAUUCAUCUUCAUACUGAUUUAUGAGCACAAACAAACUAUCGGCCGACUAAAAGUUUGCAGUCUGCUCAUAAUUUUGAUUGAAAAGAUGAUUUGUGAAUAAAAAUAAUUAGAUUAAGUAUUUUUGUUUUUUUUUUUUUUUACUUUAUAAGUCUUUUUCCGCUGAUUUUUGUU